AUGACUGAAGACUUUGUUAUGGAAGAUGGAGAUACAUCGAGUGCUCCAUAUGUGAAUACUGGGUUACUUCGCUCCCAGUUCUCCACAUCGGCUGACGAUGUCGCCAACAAAGAUGGCAGCGGCCAUAGCUUAAACGACUCGGGUCCCUCAACGCCAACACACGGAGAUGGCGAUCAAUGCCAGGAUACCAUGUCUCCUUUGACACUCCAUCCAUAUGCCAUUGAAGAGCCUGAUGACGAACCAAAAUCGGUCGAUCAAAGGCCCGAGUUACCAAGUCUCCCUGACCACUUCGAGCAGUGGCAGCGGGAGCUCAAGGACUCCGUGUGCAACCUAGAGUCUGAGCUUCAAAAGAUUAUUCGGGGUACCAAGUCGUCCUCAACUCCCCGGAGGGGUCAGAAACGGAAGUCUGCCCAUGCGACUGGUGCUAUCCAUUGCCCAAUCAUGCCGUCCAAUCAAGCAAAGAGCAAACAAAAGCUCAAUGAGCCUACAAUGACCGUGCCAGGUUUGAGCUCGAAACGAAGACGAAGACGCAGCAGACCGGCAGCGGACUUUGAUCAGGCCACUCGCACCGCCUCUUUGUAUGACUUCCGCGAGACGCAGGUCAACGACAGCUCGAGCUCUGAUCAGCCCACAACCGAUACUAGCGCCGAUACCACCAAUGAAUCCGUCUUCACCGAGGAAAUGGAAGUUGAUUGA